AUGUCGGGGCCUCUGCCCGGAGCCCCGCAGCCCGCCUCGCCUCGUGGCGUGGCCCUGCCGGCCUAUACCCCUGCUGUGGUCCCCAGCAGUGAGGAGCCCCCGGCCCUCUCCCCUGCGGCCGCCUUCCUGACGGCCCAACCAGCACUCUGCCUGGGCUCCGGCUGCGGGAGGGCCGGGGGCCUGCGGGGGGCAGGGCGCCCCGCGCCCACGCAGGCGGCCACCGAGCAGCCCAGCUCCGCUGCUUCCUGGGGCUUCCGGCCGGCUUCCCUGAGCGGGAAGACGCGGCCCCGGAGGCCCAGCGCCCAGCUCACCUACGCCCUGGCCUCCCGGCCCGGCUCCUCGCCCCGGGGCGACAGACGGCUGUCCUCUGGGUCUGAGCAGACCGCCGCCGCCCUGGCGCUGCCGUGUUUGCAGGCGGCGCGGCCCGCGGGCCACUUCGAGCUGCGGCUGAGCGCGCUGCGGAACGCGCACGGCGAGCUGCGGAGCGGCGCCUGCUGCGACGCCGACGGCCGGACGACGCGCGCGGGGGGCUGCGGCCGCGACGAGUGCGACACGUACGUGCGCGUGUGCCUCAAGGAGUACCAGGCGCGCGUGGCGCCCACCGGGCCCUGCAGCUACGGCCACGGCGCCACGCCCGUGCUGGGCGGCAACUCCUUCUACCUGCCGCCGCCGCGCGCCGCGGGGGACCGGGCGCGGGCGCGGGCGCGGGCGGGCGGCGCCCCGGACCCGGGCCUCGUCGUCAUCCCGUUCCAGUUCGCCUGGCCGCGAUCCUUCACGCUCGUCGUGGAGGCCUGGGACUGGGACAACGACACCACCCCGGAUGAGGAGCUGCUGAUCGAGCGCGUGUCGCACGCGGGCAUGAUCAACCCCGAGGACCGCUGGAAGAGCCUGCGCUUCAGCGGCCACGUGGCGCACCUGGAGCUGCAGAUCCGCGUGCGCUGCGACGACAACUACUACAGCGCCGCCUGCAACAAGUUCUGCCGGCCGCGCGACGACUUCUUCGGCCACUACACCUGCGACCAGUAUGGGAACAAGGCCUGCCUGAGCGGCUGGAUGGGCCGCGAGUGCAAGGAGGCCGUGUGUAAACAAGGCUGCAACCUGCUGCACGGGGGCUGCGCGGCGCCGGGGGAGUGCAGGUGCAGCUACGGCUGGCAGGGGAGAUUCUGCGACGAGUGUGUCCCGUACCCGGGCUGCGUCCACGGCAGCUGCGUGCAGCCCUGGCAGUGCAACUGCGAGACCAACUGGGGCGGCCUGCUCUGCAACAAAGACCUGAACUACUGCGGCAGCCACCGCCCCUGCGUCAACGGGGGCACGUGCAUCAACGCGGAGCCGGACCAGUACCACUGCGCCUGCCCCGACGGCUACUCGGGCCAGAACUGCGAGCGCGCCGAGCACGCCUGCGCCUCCAACCCCUGUGCCAGCGGCGGUUCGUGCCACGAGGUGCCCUCCGGAUUCGAGUGCCACUGCCCCGCGGGCUGGAGUGGGCCCACCUGCGCGCUGGACAUUGACGAGUGCGCCUCGAACCCGUGCGCGGCAGGGGGCACCUGCGUGGACCAGGUGGACGGCUUCGAGUGCAUCUGCCCCGAGCAGUGGGCGGGGGCCACCUGCCAGCUGGACGCCAAUGAGUGUGACGGGCAGCCGUGCCUUAAUGCUUUUUCUUGCAAAAACCUGAUUGGUGGCUAUUACUGUGAUUGCGUGCCGGGCUGGACGGGCGUCAACUGCCAGAUCAACGCGGACGACUGUCGCGGGCAGUGCCAGCACGGAGGCACCUGCAAGGACCUGGUCGGCGGCUACCAGUGCGUGUGUCCGCGGGGCUUCGGCGGCCGGCACUGCGAGCUGGAGGCGGACGAGUGCGCCAGCAGCCCCUGCCGGGCCGGCGGCCUGUGCGAGGACCUGGAGGGCGGCUUCCGCUGCCACUGCCCCAAGGGCUUCUCGGGGCCGCUCUGCGAGGUGGACGUGGACCUCUGCGAGCCCAGCCCCUGCCAGAACGGCGCGCGCUGCUACAACCUGGACGGCGACUACUACUGCGCCUGCCCCGAGGACGUGGGCGGCAAGAACUGCUCGGAGCCGCGGGAGCCGUGCCCCGGGGGCGGCUGCGAAGUGAUCGACGGCUGCGGCGGGCUGGAGGCCGGGCCCGGGGCGCCCGGCGUGUGCGGCCCGCACGGACGCUGCGUCAGCCUGCCCGGGGGCAACUUCUCCUGCGCCUGCGACGGCGGCUUCACCGGCGCCUACUGCCACGAGAACAUCGACGACUGCCUGGGCCAGCCCUGCCGCAACGGGGGCACGUGCAUCGACGAGGUGGGCGCCUUCCGCUGCUUCUGCCCCAGCGGCUGGGAGGGCGAGCUGUGCGACACCAAUCCCAACGACUGCCUCCCCGAUCCCUGCCACAGCCGCGGCCGCUGCUACGACCUGGUCAACGACUUCUACUGCGCCUGCGACGACGGCUGGAAGGGCAAGACCUGCCACUCGCGCGAGUUCCAGUGCGACGCCUACACCUGCAGCAACGGCGGCACCUGCUACGACAGCGGGGACUCUUUCCGCUGCGCCUGCCCCCCCGGCUGGAAGGGCAGCACCUGUACGAUCGCCAAGAACAGCAGCUGUCUGCCCAACCCGUGUGUGAACGGGGGCACCUGCGUGGGCAGCGGCGACUCCUUCUCCUGCAUCUGCCGCGACGGCUGGGAGGGCCGCACCUGCACACACAACACCAACGACUGCAACCCCCUGCCCUGCUACAACGGCGGCGUCUGUGUGGAUGGCGUCAACUGGUUCCGCUGCGAGUGUGCGGCCGGCUUCGCGGGCCCUGACUGCCGCAUAAACAUCGAUGAGUGCCAGUCCUCCCCCUGUGCCUACGGAGCCACCUGUGUGGAUGAGAUCAACGGGUACCGCUGUAGCUGCCCGCCAGGCCGGACCGGCCCACGGUGCCAGGAUGUGCUGGUGUUGGGGCGGCCCUGCUGGUCGCGGGGCGUGCCCGUCCCGCACGGGAGUGCCUGGGUGGAGGACUGCAACAGCUGCCGCUGCCUGGACGGCCACCGGGACUGCAGCAAGGUGUGGUGUGGGCGGAAACCGUGCCUGCUGACCGGCCGGUCCUCCGCCGUGAGUGCCCAGUGCCCACCGGGGCAGCGGUGCCUGGAGAAGGCCUCGGGCCAGUGCCUGCAGCCGCCCUGCGCCGCCUGGGGGGAGUGUGGCACCCAGGAGCCCCCACUGCCCAGCACCCCCUGCCGGCCACGCUCUGGCCACUUGGACAACAACUGUGCGCGCCUCACCUUGCGCUUCAACCAUGAGCAGGUGCCGCAGGGCACCACUGUGGGCGCCAUCUGCUCAGGCAUCCGUGCCCUGCCGGCCACAAGGGCCGUGGCCCGGGACCGCCUGCUGGUGCUGCUCUGUGACCGGCCGGCCUCUGGGGCCAGCGCCGUGGAGGUGGCCAUGUCCUUCAGCCCCGCGCGGGACCUGCCGGACAGCAGCCUGAUCCAGGGCGCGGCCCACGCCAUCGUGGCCGCCAUCACGCAGCGUGGGAACGGCUCCUUGCUGCUGGCCGUCACCGAGGUCAAGGUGGAGACGGUCGUCGUGGGCGGCUCCUCCGGAGGUCUGCUGGUGCCCGUGGCGUGCAGCGUGCUGGGCGUGCUGUGCCUGGCCUGCGUGGCCGUGUGCGUGUGGUGGACGCGCAAGCGCAGGAAAGCGCGGGAGCGGAGCCGGCUGCCGCGGGAGGACGGCGCCAACAACCAGUGGGCGCCGCUCAACCCCAUCCGCAACCCCAUCGAGCGGCCGGGCGGCGCGCACAAGGACCUGCUCUACCCCUGCAAGAACUUCACGCCGCCGCUGCGCCGGGCCGGGGAGGCGCUGCCCGGACCUGCGGGCCGCGGGCGAGGGGAGGACGCGGAGGACGAGGAGCUGGGCCCUGGGGAGGCCUCCCUGGAGGCGGAGGCGGAGGAGGAGGAGUUCCUCGCGCACAAAUUCACCAAAGACCCCGGCGGCUCGCCCAGGAGGCCGGCGUGCUGGGCCGCGGGCCCCAAAGUGGACAACCGGGCGGUCAGGAGCGUGAGCCGCGCCGGCAAGGAGUGAGGCCGAGGCCGUGUGCAUAGUUCCUUUAUUUUGUGUAAAAAAACACCAAAAACAAAAAACAAAUGUUUAUUUUCUACGUUUCUUUAACCUUGUAUAAAUUAUUUGACGACUGUCAGGCGGAGCACGGGGCUGUUCUCGGACAGUUGCUAUUUUUGUACCGUGCCCUGGCCCGGCGGGCAGGGGCCACCUCCCGCUUGUCCGGCGUCCGUCCCGGAGCCGCGCGCUGUUUACAGAACCUUCCUGC